UUAAAAACACUUUUACUUCAAUUAGCUAAAUUAAACCUAGUUAAUUGGUCGGAGAAAGAUCAUAAUAAUGGCUGGUAAUGCACAGAUGAAAUCUUAUGCCUCAAUGCUCUUACUUCUCAAUUUCUGCAUGUACGCCAUUGUUUUGGGCAUUGGUGGUUGGGCCAUGAACACAGCCAUUGAUCAUGGCUUCAUCAUUGGUCCUGAAUUUCAACUUCCAGCACAUUUCUCUCCGGUAUACUUUCCAAUGGGAAAUGCAGCCACCGGAUUCUUUGUCCUGUUUGCCCUUAUUGCGGGAGUUGUUGGUGUGGCCUCGGUUUUAUCAGGGUUCAAUCAUAUUCGUUUCUGGUCCAAUGACACUUUACCGGCUGCUGCUUCUGUUGCAACUCUAGCUUGGACCCUUACUCUACUUGCCAUGGGAUUUGCUUGCAAGGAGAUUGAAUUGCAGAUUAGAAAUGCUCGUUUGAGAACAAUGGAAGCUUUCUUAAUCAUUCUAUCGGCUACGCAACUAUUAUACAUUGUCGUCAUACAUGCACGACACUAAGUGACAUCGAACAAUGAACAUUAACGUUGUUGUAUAUUCUUUGUACAAAGAAAAAAUAAAAGCUAAUUAAAAGAGUGUUGAUUGUGUGUUUGGAUUGGUGUGAAAAUUUGAUUGCAUUUGUGUUCAACCAAUAUGUAAUUGUUAAGGAUUGAUUCUUCUUUACUUUUUGUGUGUU